AGCAGGGGCAAAUACAUUCCGUGCUCACGGGGGCGCGCCGUGGAUGAACGCCUUAAAGCCCAGUGCACAGCGCUGGGAUCGCUGCGUUUUCCUCCAGGCUUUUAUUGCAGCUGUCGUCCACACGAAGUUGUGGCGCCCGGUUCUUCAGAGCGGAGAACGACGGAUUGCUUUAGAACUGCGUGUUGGUGUUUAGUUGGUUGCCCUUCCCCCUGCACACCCCCUCCCCCCCCCCCCCCCCGAUUAGCAGCACGGUUGGCUGACGAACGCUGGUGCGACAGAAGUUCAACGCUGUGCACAUUCACACACGCGCGCGCGCGCACGUGACGGUCAAACUUUGCUGGGAGCCACGGCGAGCUUCGAGAACAAGAUGCUGGGCAGCAGCAGCAGCAGCACCCCGCGGCUGCUUCUGCUGCUUCUGUUGCCUGCAGUUGUGGCAGGUUGUGGCAGCAGCUACGUUCGGGAUACGAACCGACAUGUCUCGGACCACAUCCAUGAACACGAGGAAGAUCUGGAACACGCAAGCGACCACCUAUCGCAGUCGGAGCUCACCAGACUCUACAACACCAGGGUCACUUACGUGGAGUGCUGGAAGAGACCCUUCGCGGCCAACAUCCCACACGCCGGCAUCGUGGUCACGACGGAGAACGGAGGACAGUGGUUGAUCCACAAAGGGAAGAAAUACGCAUCGGAUUCUUCCUGGCAAACAGUCGUGGUUGACCCCAAGCACAUGAGCGGCCAGUGGAAUGUGGUGCCAUCGUCUGGCUCUACGGCUUACCCCGGAGUGACCGUGGGAGACCUCGUGCGGCACGGUGGUCACUCCUACAACGUCUUCUCCAGCAACUGCCUGCAUGCCGCCAACGACAUGAAGAGAUAUGCCACGAGCAACGACUGCGGGGGGCUGUUCUAGUGGGGGGGAGCGCUGUUCUAGUGGGGGGCCCCCCACCCCGCUGUUCUAGUGGGAGGCCCCCCACCCCGCUGUUCUAGUGGGGCCACCCCGGCGACCAUAAACCCCCCGCGUGCCCGGAGAGAGGCGCCAUUUUGGUCGCCCCCAGCGUCGAGGCGGCAGCAAAAUCCUUCAGCCGGGCAGAGGCGUCCAGAUGAGCACCCCCACCCCACCAGCACUCAUUGAAGAGCCGCUCCCGCACAGGGCACUGGAGCAGCAGCGGCAAAAGCAGCAGCAGCAAAAGAGUAGAGAGCAGUAGGCGUGGUAGAAGCAGUCGCAGUAGACGCAGUAGUAGUAGAAGCAGUAGUAGCAGCAGAAGCGGUAGCAGCAGGAGUAGUAGACGCAGUAGUAGUAGUAGAAGCAGUAGUAGCAGCAGAAGCGGUAGCAGCAGGAGUAGUAGACGCAGUAGUUAGCAUCAGUAGUAGCAGGAGGAGGAGUAGCAGCAAUAGCACCAAAAGCAGUCACAGAAGCAGUAGCAGGAGAAUCAUGAGCAGCAGGAGCAGCAGCAGUAGCAGUGGCAACAGCAGGAGAAUCAAGAGCAGCAGUCGCAGCAGGAGUAGCAGCGGCAGUAGCAGUGGCAACAGCAGGAGAAUCAGGAGCAGCAGCGGUAGCGGCACAAUUCGGUGGCUGUUGGCUGCUUAAGGAAAUGAGAACCGGCGAGGUGUCCAAUGUCUGGUCAGGGCCCGUGCCUCGGUGGUGCGGUGCCUCUCCAAACACAGACGCUCGACGUAUUCCCCGUGAUCUUAAGAGCCGCCAGCAUGACAAUGUGUUCUAAACCCCUCCACCACCUGACGACCUUCGUUUUUGUUGCGGCCACGCACGUACUCACGUGACGGAUGGAUUUGGUUGGGCCGCGUAAGGUGGUGGUGGAGGAGAUUCCUAACGACAACGCAAAAAUUGGGUGCAAACGUAAUUGCUAUGCAGUGGUUCAAAAGCCCUCUCAAAAUGUAUCUGGCAGUCCUCGGGUUACGAACCUAAUUCGAUCCUGAGACUCCGUUCGUAAGUCGGGACGGUUCGUAAGUCCCUCCCUGUCAAUCAUCCUCCGUUCCCAACUCUUUCCACGUUUGUAUUUCUCCCUCAAAUCCCUUCAAUUUCCCUGCCUCUAACCAAUCCCCUUUCGGGCCCCGUUAAGUAUCACUCAUUCCCCAUCAUGGCUAUCACUCAUUCCCCAUUCAUUCCCAAUUCAUUCAUGGGGCUUGCGGUUGAGAAAUGGAACAAACUUCCCCUCCACAUUAAACCGUCACCUUCGCUCACCAACUUCCAUUCCUUACUCAACACUCCCAGUUCCCAAGCUCACCCGACGACCCCCAUAAUCUCGCCCACACGAACAUCAACGUGACUCUACGUAUCCUCAUUAUACAGCUAUCACUCCAUUCCCCUUUCGUUCAAUCCACUCGUCAUCAUUUGCUGGCAACAAUUUCGCUUUCUCCGAAUCCACGCGUCAUCAUCACCACCGAUUUGGCCCCCAUUGCUUCCUCUCGUCUAUUUCAUUCACCGCAUCUCCACCAUUACAUUCCCAUGCCGUACCGUUGUUCAGUCUUUGCUAAGCGCCUUGGUUAAGAAGGCGCGAUAUAAAAGAUGAACAUCAAUCGGAGGCGCUUGCUUUUACUUUCCGAUUAUCCGCGCCACGCGGUGUCCACCACGUCAGCUGAGAAUCGUCGGAAGUGAUUCAAUCUCUAGGCAUGUAUACAGCAAACCCCCCCAGCCCAUCGCACCGGUUGCCUUCUUGAAAAUAGUCGCAAUCGGCAGAUCCGUGAUCCGAACACUCGGAGGCAUUGUGGGUGCCAAACGAGGGCUCUGGUUCACGGUUUGUAAUGCGACACGCAACCCCUCCGUCGUGUGUUAUGUUGUGACCCUUAAAUCAGGGGGUUGGCAAGUCGAAAAUGACAAGAAGAGACGAAAAAAAAUCGAAUUCGGUAACGAACACAAAAGUUUAUAAAUCCCUAUUUCUAGAGCCGCAACGUGACGUGGUGGAUACGAGAUGGAGGUCAUUGAUGAAUGCAGUCGAUCAUCGAUUAUCCGGCUGCUUACAACAUUAUCCGGCAAACCGCUCCAACGAUUGUAACCAGUCCGGCGAUCGGCACCGCGUGCGUGACGAAGUCGCUACGCUUGAUUUCAGUGUUAAGUAUUUUAUACAUUAUACAGUACAUACAACUUAAACAAUGAAAAUGCUGCAUAUAUAGACAUUUUCAUGACUACCUUAUUCUGCUCGUGAGUAGAUUUUAGAAUUAUGCAUGAAUCAAUAAAUAAUUAAUCAAGUGCUGCGAUGUGCGUGAGUGAACAUGCACUCAACACCGCCACCGAAUACUACCAACAGCACCGUCCGUAUUCCCUGCAUUUCUCUUACCUCUGAGAGAGCGCCAUCUAGUGGGCGCCAAGGGGUAACUGCACGAGCACUAUCACGUAGCCGGUAUCCAAUCCUGCGCGGGGAUUAUAUCUGGGCCAAGGGGGCGGAGUCACAGAGGAGUCACACAGAACGUUCGGGAGCCAUCGGGAAGGUUCCACGAGGGGGGCGUGGCUAGAGGCAGGGGAGGACACGUGGUCGGUGUGGGAAGCCGCGAGUCCGGACCGCGUCGCUGCUCAGCCUCACCUCGCCAUCGACCGCGUGGCGGAUCCCCAGCGAAGCUCCCCUCACCUCCCCUGGCACGCCGCCAGGCAGCGGCGUGAUCGGAGAGAGAGGGAGGCGAACCUCGAGAGUGGGACGGAGAGAACGCCUCGUCCAGGGCAGUGAUGGAGAAGGGAAAUACCGGAGGGAGAAGGAGCGGAGCUGUGCGGAAAUUCAGUCAAUAAAAGACACCAUUCAA